GUCACGUGGCCGCCCGGAGCCGGAGGGUGGAGUUUUACUCUUUUACAGUCGCCACCCGGCAGGAGUCCAGCCCCUGUGGGUACGAACGCGGGUUGGUUUUGGACCCUCUGCGAGGCGCCGCUACCACAGCUACCUGCGUUCGUUACAAGGAUUUCCUGCUUCCACCCGUCUUCUGUUCCUGACCAGGUGUAUAAUGAAUCCCAGCAUGAAGCAGAAACAGGAAGGAAUCCAAGAGAAUGUAAAGGUAUGUGAUGCAAUCACUUUAAUCUCUUGUAGAGAGCAUAUGGUUAGAUGUUUUUUGACACAAUUUAGUCACAUGUUAUAUAUUACCUGGCUAUAAUUUCUGUAAACUUUGAAAUACUAAAUUUUCAGUGAGGACAAGUAACAAUAAAGAACUUGUUUAAAAAUUAAUUAUGGUUGCAUAUUAAGUUUUUUGACCCACAUAUAUGGGAUGUCUUUCCAUCCAUUUAGGUCUUCUUUUCUUUCAACAAAGUUAUGUAGUUUUCAUAGUUUUUGAGGUUUUCACUUUUUAAAUUUUUUCUUAAGUAUUGUUUUUUUAAGCUAUUGUAGAUGGAGUCAUUUCCUUAAUUAAAUUUUUGGUGUGCCUACUAUACAGAAACGCAGUCGAUUUUUGUCUCUUGGUCUUGUAUCUUGCAACCUUGCCAAACUUGUUUUUAUUUAGUUCAAAUAGUUUUUUAGUAGAUUCCUUAGGAUGUUCUAUAUAUAAGACUAUUAUUGCUUUGUUUCUACUCUUAAAUUUCAUGCAAUGAUUUUAUUAAAAUCCUUGGUGUUUAGGUUAGCAUCUUUGACUGCAGAGACACAUUUUGCAUUGUACUUUGUAUAGUUUCAGGGUACAUCAUACUCAUUACCAUCUAACCUGCUUGUUUGCCACACCUUUUGAAUCCUUGUAUUAUACAGUCACUGGAAACCUCCCAAAUGUUUGUUUAUAACAGUGAAGACAGAGCUUAAUUUUGAGUCUGUAAUUUUGACUGGCUUCACUCUUACAGUUCUAAAUGAAUGUACAGCUUAGCUAGGUCUUAUCAUAGAAUUUAGACUAGAUCUAUUCUCAGGAUUCCUGAGAAUGAGACCACAUUGUCAGGAAGGCGUACCAGUUUGCAGACUUAAACUGAAUAGUAUAAAUAAAAAGCUUUUCGUAAAUGAUAGCAGUUGCUUUUUUGAUAAGUUGUUUACCUUGUCUUAGUAUCUUCCUUACAUUGUUUUUCUUGAAUAAUACUUUGUGUUGAUAAUUUGUGAAUUUGAUUCCAUCAGCUAUUCAGGAUGAUGACAUCUUCCCACUGUUUUGUAUGUAUGUUUUUAAGCUUUUUAUAAUGAAGAUUUUUAAAUACUCAAAAAUAGAGUCAAUAGCAUUUCAAUUUACUUCCCCCAUUUUCAACAAUUAUCAGUGUAUGGCCAGCCUUGUUUCAUCACCAUCUCCAUUCACUCCCCCUUUCCUCCACUGAUUUAUUUUGAAUCAAAUCCCAGACAAAUAAUUUAUAUAAUUUCAGCAGAUAGUAAUAUUUAAAGAGAAAUCUAAUAUUUACUAGCUGCAGUAUAGCUAUCUGAGAUAUAAAAGGACCUGGUUCUGCCUCCAAAACUGUGAUGCUAGGUGAGUUAUUUAGGAUCUCAGCCUCAGUUUACUUAAUCUGUAAAAUGAGGGAAUUGGACUGGAACUAGGUCUGUAAGAGUUCACGUUAGGAGUUCAUGGAUUCCCAAAAUUCUGUAGGAUUGUGCUCUUGUUUGUGUGUGUGUGGUUAUUUUGUUUUGUUUUUUUCUUUUUGAGGGAGUUCACAAAAUCUCAAAUUGUUUUCUAAAAAGAUUAAGACCCAUUAAUAUAUAAGAAUCUUUUCCGUAAAGAGUUUAUUACUCUACUGCAUGUGAUGUGUGUAAAUAAAAUGCCUUUGGGGGGGCUGGAUGCUAUAAGUCUUACAGGUGUGAAAGUUAAAUCUUAGAAAUGGUCGUUUUUUGGUUUCAGUAAUUUAGCUGGCUUUUUUGGCCUUUAUUGGUAGCAAGCAUUUAAAUGAAUUAGUACCUCCUAUUAUUAAGGUUCCAAAUUGUAUUUUCUUGUAUUUGUCUGGAGACUGUUGAUUCUUCUAUAAUCUAAAUUGUAUCUGAAAUGUUGGUGUAAUAUUUGUUCUCACAGUAGCUGGCAUUUGUUCUGCAGUUAAAUAGUGAGAUAAUAAUCAGCAGUAGCAGCUUUACCGUGGGAAAGGUAGACUCUCGUUCUGUGGAGCAUAGUGUGGAAUCAGUAACUUUCUCACGCUGCUUUGGUAUCAUGUUCUUGCUGACCUUGUUUGAGUAUUCACCAUUGUUUGCUAUCCCAUGGUGCCAGUAUAACUAAUGAUUUUUUGCAAAAAUAGAGAGCUCUUUUAGAUGAGGAAAUAUACAGGAAGGUAUUUACAUAUUACAAGGAAGGCAUUAUUUUCUUCAAAACAAUACCUUGGGCACUUUAGAGUUUUAGUAUGCCUCAAGCGCUGGCAUUUUCACAGUCUGCUAAUGAAUGGGGUUGAAGCAAAACUGCUUCUACAGACAGGUAAAAAUUGAAGAGGGGAGCAGGUCUUGCAUGUGGAUUUGGUUUUGUGUAAUGUUCUUGAAUAUUAUCUUCCUAUGGUGAAUUCAUAUGUGUUAGUGGAUAUUCACAAUUUAAAAGAAGCCUGAGAUAAACCCUUUUGAUUAGGUAGGGGAAAUAGGUAUUUUGCAGUGUAAAUAAUUAACUUUUUACUCCAAUUUACCUCUUUUGUGGGUUUCUACUAUAAAUGUUAUGAUGUUUGGUAAAUUUCUGGUUUCUGGGCAGAAGAUCUUUUUAAGAGGGAGUACAGAUAUUCCUGUUAUAUCAGAAUUUCAUCACAUGAAAUAUUAGAACUUAGAAAUUUCGUUAUAUUUGUUUUAACUAAACAUGACUAAAUGACUAUAGCAAGAACAUAUAUUGAAAUGGGAGAAGAGCUACUUGUGUCAAGUUUGGGUAAUAUGAUUUAUUCUUAGAAUUUCUUCAGAUUUCAUUAAAAUUUUAGGGAAAUAAUUUGCUAGUUGUUUAAAUCAUAUAUAGCAUUAUAAAAUUAUAUAGAUCAAAUACUAGGGUCCUUAGCAUUUCUUUUUUUUUUUUGGUAAGUUAUAGUUGGAUGAAGCCUGUUAAACAAUCCAUAUGGGAACUUAGUAACCAGUAUCAUUAUCUUGACUUUCAGAGUAGUCCUGUUCCAAGAAGAACUCUGAAGAUGAUUCAGCCUUCUGUGGCUGGAUCUCUUGUUGGAAGAGAAAAUGAGUCGGUUAAAGGCUUGUCCAAAAGGAAACAAUGGAGUGACCAGUCAAUAUCAAAGACUUCCGGCUCUGGAGUUCUUACUGUCCCAGAACAUAGUGAAAAUAAAAAUGUUGGAGGAGUGACCCAAGAAGCAUUUGAUCUUAUGAUUACAGAAAAUCCAUCCUCUCAAUAUUGGAAAGAAGUGGCAGAAAAACGGAGGAAGGCUCUCUAUGAAACACUUAAAGAAAAUGAGAAACUUCAUAAAGAAAUUGAACAAAAGGACAAUGAAAUUGCCCUCCUGAAAAAGGAGAAUAAAGAAUUGGCAGAAGUAGCAGAACAUGUGCAGUAUAUGGCAGCAGUAAUAGAGAGACUGAGUGAUGAACCUCUGGAUAAAUUUGAAUCACCGGAUAGUCAAGAAUUUGAUUCUGAAGAGGAAACUGGUGAAGAUUCUGAAGUAGAAGACUCAGAAAUCGGUACAUAUGAUGAAGAAGUCUCCUCCUCUACAGAUGCAAAACCAUCUACAUGAAAUUCACUAAUACUUGACUCUUGAGAAAAACACUGCCAAAGUUUACCUCCCCUGUAGUUCUUUGUAGUAGAGUAAAUAACUUUAUAAGGCAAAUAACUUUAUAAGCAAACUUGGAAUCAGACUUCCCUGUUUGUAUCCUGGGACCCUGUUACUGUAUUAAAAUACAAAUACUAUGUAUUUUUAAUCUAUGAUAUUUUGUGUAAAUAGCAUUUUCUCAGUUGUCAGACAUGACUUGUGUAUAUAAUAAACUUCAUUCUAUUGA